AUGUGUUCUCCGAUUUCGGCUCUCUCUCAUCUGAAAGUGCCGGCGAGCAGGUACGACUUCGACUUGAACGAGCAUUUCUUAUUCCAUGGGGCUGUACCAUCGACCCUAGCGGAGAUAUGCAGAGGUGGGUUCAAUCCGCAGAUGGGGGGCGAGACUUCUGGUAAGCUCUUCGGCACCGCUUCUUACUUCGCUGCGAAUUCUUCAAAAAGCGACGAUUACACAGAAGAUCGCGUAAAUCAGUUGGAAAAGAAUGCCAAGAGGACCUUAAUGGUUGCCCGCGUUGCCCUUGGGGAGUCUUUUCGCGCGUCAGAGCCCAUGCCGCAGAUCAACAGACCUCCAGACGACGACGAAGGCGUGGUCUUUGAUUCGAUAUGGGCUGAUACAUCGAGACAAGGUGGCUGCGUGGAUCAUAUCGAAGUUAUGGUAUUUUCGGAGGCGCAGGUACUGCCGGUGGCGCUCGUGGACUACCGGCAUGCAGUCGGCUGCACGUGCGCCUUUUGCCGGAGGCGUCCUUGA